GGCCUGGGGCGGGCGGCAGCACCGCGGCGGCGCUCGGGACGGCCGCGCCGCUCGGGAGGGCCGGCCGGAAGCGGCGAGCGGGAUCGCGCGGGCGGGCGCAGCGCUGACGUGGCGGCGGCACCGGCACCAUGCGGGGCGGCGGUGACUCGAAUGCCAGAACUGGACAUCACAGACAGCAGAAGGUCAAGAAGUCCUUGGAAAAUAAAAAGUCUAAGCAAUUUGAGGAGGUGGAAACUACUGCUCUGGGAGUGAACAGGAACUGUGAUGACACAGGGAGCAACAUUUCUUCUGCCUCACCGAAGGGCCCAGUGAAUGGGAGCAGAGAGUCCAGAAGCAAGCGGACCAUUCGCAGACCUGCUUACUGGCUGGAAAUGAGAGGAGUGAAAAACAGUGUAAGCAAAUCUCCAGGAAAAAAAGGAGAAGUACUAUUGAAAGGCAAGAGGAAAUCUGAGCAAGGGGAAGGUGAAGAUGUUGAAGAGUCUCCCAAGAAGAAGCAAAAACUUUGUGGAAUCCUUCAGGAAUCCCAAGAGCCUGAGACCAGACAGAGGGAAAGUCUGGAACAAGGAAGCCUUACACUCAGCAAAGGAGGACAAGGAGAAAAACAGCAAGCUGGAAGAAAACAAAACUCCAAAAGGAAAGGCCACUGUGUUCAGAAAGAGACAGAAACCUAUGGCACAGGUAGUAUGGAAGAGCAGUGGUCUUUGGAGAUUCAGGACAAAGGCCGAGUUACCUGUCCCACAUGCCGGGCUGUGGUGAGAAAGACUGUAGAAGGACUGAAGAAACAUAUGGCAAACUGCAGGCAGGAAAUGUUCACGUGUCAUCAAUGCGGGAAGCAGCUGAAGUCUUCAGCAGGGAUGAAAUACCAUGUCAUGGCAGACCAUAACAAUCAGCCAGUUGUGAAGGAGGGAGAGGAAGUGGAUGAGCAGCUUGAGCGAGAUCGCCUUCGGAAGGUUUUGAAGUGUAUGGGAAAACUGAAGUGUACAAGGGAGGGCUGCACAGGCACCUUCACUAGCAUAAUGGGAUACCUGUAUCAUGUUAAAAAAUGUGGGAAGGCUGCUUCCGAGCUGGAAAAAAUGGCUAUGAAGUGCCAUCACUGUGAAAAAGCAUACAGAUCAAAGGCAGGACUUGUCUACCACCUCCGCUCUAAGCAUGGGCCGGUCACUUUCCUCCAUGAGGAGAGUAGAACAGGGAACCUGAUAGAAACGAAACAGGAACAAAACAACACAGGCAGAGUUCAGAGGAGAUCUGCAAAGGUGGCAAUCUACUAUCUCCAUGAACUGGCUGGAGAAGAGCUGGCCAAAGAGUGGCCCAAAAGGAAAGUUCUGCAGGACUUGAUUCCAGAUGACCGGAAGCUGAAAUACACUCGUCCUGGACUGCCCACGUUUAGUCAAGAUGUGCUGUGCAAAUGGAAAGCAGAGAUAAAAAUGUACCGAAGAGUCCACUGCCCAAAUCAGGGUUGUGAAUCUGUGUACGGCAGCGUCUCAGGACUCAAAUCUCACCUCGGCACAUGUACCUUGGGAGACUUUGUGGCUGGUAAAUACAAGUGUCUGCUGUGUGAGAAGGAGUUCAUUUCAGAGAGUGGGGUCAAGUACCACAUCAACUCUGUGCAUGCUGAGGACUGGUUUGAUAUGAACACAAUGACCACCAAAAGCUUUGAGAAGCUAAUGAAAAUCCGCCAAAGGGAAGAGCAGAGGAAGCAACGGAAGAAACGUCCUUUGACCAGGGGCAAAAAGAAGAAAGCUGGGACCCUGGCUACCAAGAUGCUCCCCACUGCUGGAGUUGAAAAAAUGAGGAAAAAUAAGAGAGGUCGUCCACGGCGGGUGGACAAUGAGAGUGCGAGCAGUGAGGAAGGGGCACCCCAAGUUGCACAGAGAGCUGAAUUUCCGAAAACCAGCCGCAAGCGAAGUCGAAGCAAAUCCCUAGAAGAUGAGAAGGUGUAAUUCUAAAGCUUUUCAAUUACAAGCCCCACUUCUGUCCAGCUCAUAACUCACAGCACUAAUAUAAGCAACUGGAUGUCUUUGGGACUUGUGACUCAAUUCUACUCGGUGACUUUGAUAUUGAAACUUUUGCCUCUGCUCAGUUGAGGGAUUCAAACCAAAGCUGUGGUGCAGGGGCUGCCUCUUCUGGUGUAGCUCCCUUGGACAGUGGCACUAGCAGUGUGCCCGGUGUGAUUCCUGCUCUGGUUACAUCCCAGUCUCGGAUUGGUCACAUUAGUUGCUUGUUUAGUGGUUUCCAGUACAGCAGAUGUCUGUUUUGUCAUUUUCCUCAGAUGGGUGAGAUCAGGGUUCUUUUUCAGCUGUUCUCUCCAUAAGGGACUGACUAGCACAAUGUUUAGGUCUCUUCAAGGGGGAAAUCCUUUGUUGCACACAAUGCACACAAACUAAGCAGUGCUGUACAGAAUGCAAAGGCUUUGGCUUGCCCUAUCACUGUCCUGUCGUCAGCAAGGCUGCCACAAAAGAGCAGAGACCUUCCCAGUGUCUGCUGUAGCCUGUUGCACAAGGCUGUAAUUCAUGCACUGGUGUUUAGGCUCAGCACCAAACAGCAGCAGAUGAGCACAGGUCUGCUUGGAAGGGAUGGAACAUCAUUAUUACCCUUGUCAGGUGCCCACUGUUCCGCUGGCAUCUGUCUGCUAUAAUGCUGGGCAUUAAAGAUACGUAGAGAGUCUUCUAGUGCAGUGAGGAAUAAUUGCUCUCCAGCCCUUUAGAGAUUCACUGGCCUUUCAGAGUCCCCAGUAAGUAAUAUCUUGAGAUGGCCUUUGUGUGCCCUCUGAAGCCAACUUGUUUCAGACUCACCUGAGAAAUGUACUCUAAGUCAAUGCAUACCUGCAUGAGCAGCCUGCUAAUGCUGGAACCAGGUUCCAUGGAGCUGCCUUGCCAACGUGUGGUUCUUUGUUGUGCCCGUGCUUCCACAGUGUCCUUUUUUGCUACACUGCAUAUGCCACCUCCAUUGUCUUAGAUCACCUGUUUCUUUUCAGUACCACUUCCUCUGUGCUAAUGAGGUAUAUUAGCAGUGGCUUCCCUGUGUAGAAGAGGCUAAUAGAAGAAGGAUCAUCAUUUUAAGUCAUGUGUUGGCAUUAACUCUGUAUCAUAAGGAAUAAUAUCUUCCUGUGCUCCAUAAAUCAUAGAAUCAUAGAGUGUUAAGGGAUUGGAAUGGACCUUAAAAAUCAUUUUAUCUCCACCCACCCCAGCAUGGUCAGGGACACCUCCCACUAGACUAGGUUGCUCAAGGCCUUAUCCAGCCUGGCUUUGAACACUUUCAGGGUUGGGGCAUCCACAGCCUCCCUGGGCAACCUGUUCCACUGUCUAAAUGCAGCAGAUGUCAUAGAAGCUACCAAGAAGCAGCAGCACAGGCAGUGCUAUUCUUUUUCAAAGAAUGGAUUCUCUAGAAUUUCUGUUAUCCAAAGACCCACUGUACCAGGAAAUUGCAAAAUGUGCACUGUCUGACAAAGUUGCUGCUGCUGAAAUUCACAGAGAAGCAGGAAGCAGGUUUGUACAUGUGUAUUAUUACCAGCAUGAUCACAGUGGCCCUUACGGGGGGGAGUGCUGUAUGGCCGGGGUGGUCUCUAGAACUGCCUUUGGAACCAGAUGCCACUGUGUUCAAGUGCUGCCCUGAAAGCAGACAUGGCUGGACUCCGCAGGAUGUGUAAGGUCUGCAGUGAGAUGGGCAAGAUCAGACGACAACAAAAUAAAAUGUCACCAGAAUGCGGUUUCUUGUCUCUUUGGUGUGCGGUGGUCUUGGAACCGAACCUCCCUGCACAACCCACCCCACCCUGCCCCCGGGUUGUCCUGCAUGCUGUGGUGCUGUUUGAUUGUCUGCAGUUUCUCCUCAGAACUCCACGCAUCCGUACUUUGAGCAAACAUUCACUACUUUCCCACCCAGUACAAUAAAGCUAGGAAUUAAAGUAGGUUUUUCUUAGUGAAUUUCAGUCUAGACUCCUAUUUCCUGUCAUUUGUAAGUGACUGACAAGGCCUCUCUAGACAUGGAUAAUUCAUGACCACCGGGAUUUUGUAGUUAAUUCAGUCACAUAUUCUCCUGCGUAAUGUGGCAUUUGGAAGAAAAUCAUUCUCCGACAAUCCAUCCGAGUCCAUCAGCAUUCCAACAGAUUGUUUGCCGGAUUGGCUCAGGCUGGUGUGAGGGGAUGACAUUGCUGUGCAGGACAGCCCGCUGCUUGUGAGGAGUGAGAUCUGUCCAGGAGCACCUGUGUCCUGCCAGAGGGAGGCUAAGGCAGAGACCCAGGGAGACUGUGGCUAUGAUCCACUGCUCUGAGGACAAGCGAUAAGUUACCAGAAUCCCCUCCCUCAUCUGCUGCCCAAGCUGUGGGAGAUGCAGCCCAGGACACAGGGGUUUCUGGGCUGCUAGGGCAUGUGGCCAGGUGAUGUCCAAUUUCGUUAUCCCUAGGUCCUUGUCCGUCAGGCUGCUCUCUAUCCAUGGAUUCCCCAGGUUCCUCUGGGUGACAUCCUUUCCCUCCAGCAAAUCAACGCCCCACGCAGCUUGGAUGAAGACAUUACAUAAAGUGGGUAACACAGACACUGGAGGAAGACUGUCCACUGACCCAGCAAACUGGGCCUUGCUCUUACCAAAGAGAUCCAACUCUGAGGGAGUCAGAAGUGAUAAAAGGGACCAGCUAGUCACUCAAUACUUGUUGCAGUGAUUAAUUGCACUAGAAAUGCUGUGUCUUCUCAUUUGAACUUGUUUUAAUUUCAGCCUCUGUAUCUGCCUGUACCACUCAGUUCUGGUAACUGAAAUAAUUUUAUGGUAUCAGAAAUUUCUUCUUGCAUAUUUGUAGUCAUAAUUAACUCCAUACAUAAUUUGCUGUAUGAGCUUGAGAGGCUUGCUAGUCUCAGUCAAAAGAGGUUUUUCUCUUUUUCAAUUUUUUUUUAAUUGUUUAUUGUUCUUUGCUGGCAUUUUAUAUAUUGAUUGGUGCAUUUUUGGCUUUUUAAGUCCAGAGACAGGAACCAGUUGCAGUAUUCCGUAGCAAUCUGGUUUAUGUAAAAUACAAUGAUAACAUUGCUCUGCUCUCAGCAACCUCUUUUUGUCCUCCGCUCUCUCACUACACCACUUAUAUUCAGUUUUACCCUCUUAAAUGCAUUCUUCAGUUGUUCUGAAAAUGCCUCUGGAGACCCAUUUCUGUUGUUCCUAGAAACUCAAGUUAACAGGGUUUAAGGACCGCCACGAUGAACUCAUUCUGAAACACUGUGAUGUACUGGAAGUGCUGAGGCCUGGACAAGAGGCCCUGACCCAGAGUUGACCUAUAAGUGAACCUUCCAAUCUAAUGUUAUAUUUGGCCAUGUAUCUGCUUAUUAGCCAAAAUUCUGUAUAACCCUUAGUAAAAUAUAUAAGACUACACCUGUGUAAACAUCUGUGCUUGUUAUUAAGAUAUAUUGCUAUUUGCUUAUUAGUGAAGAUUUGCAUCUGUUAAUGAGAUGUGAAGGUAUCUACCUGUAUUUAGAGACUAGUCAAGGCCACGGAAGUAGAUAACUGGCCUCGUUCGACAGUAGAUGGUCCAAACUGACUCCCUUGAUUUCCUUUGAGCCCUGGCCAGGCUUUAGGUGAAAACCAAGGAAUGAAGAGAGCCAGAUAUUUUCCACACUGAAUAGUGACAUCAGCUUGGUUGUUUACCAGUAAAAAAGCUGGACCCUCUCACAGCACAGAGAGAGCCCUCACCUGCGAAUGGACGCGGUGCACAGGAUUUCCCAGUUCCUGGGAGGGGUUCCCCAGCCCUUUGCUGCGCUCGGGGCUCCCCAGCGGAUGAUGCCGAUUGUGGUAAUGUAUUAAAGGGUAACUGGUGAGGUGUCUUUCUUAAUCACUAUAGACACUCUAUAGUGAUGAUUAGGUGCAUUGCUAAGCUUGUCUUUUUAUAAUUCUUUGCUUCUUUUGUAAUUUUUUGCUGUGUUGCACUGUAGUAAAUUUAUACAGUUAUUUUUAAA